AUGAGCGCCAUCUGCGCCAUUGCUCUUGCACAAACAGGUAAGACUUCGCCCAGUGUCAUUGAACCAGACAAUUUCGAUGUGAACGCCGCGCUUUAUAAUCUUGGAGUGGACGUUUCUACGAUCCCUGCUCUGAGUUCACUGCAGUCCCGGUCAACUAAAAAUGCGUGUCGCGCAGCCUGCAGUGCCCUAGCAUUUCUCUUCAGUCCAAGCCGAGCAUUUGCGCAGAAUACCACCGCGUACACCAAUGCCACAGGAUCGUAUUGGUCGGCCCAGCAGGAAGAAGUUCGUCCUUAUUGCAUCUUCAAGCCAUCGCUGAACACCGAUGUUUCAAUUCUUGUACUUCUGUCAAGGUACACUGGCUGUCCCUUUGCCAUCAAGAGUGGUGGCCAUGCUGCCUUUGCGGGAGCAUCGAGUAUCCAGGGCGGGAUUACGGUCUUGCUGAAGGAUAUGAACGCCAUCACUCUGAAUAAGGACAGAUCAGUUGUUUCAGUUGGACCUGGCAAUGUCUGGGUGCAAGUAUACUCAGCAUUAGAGCCCUAUGGUCUGGCUGCCAUCGGCGGCCGGGUGUCCACAAUUGGCGUUGGAGGACUUACGACCGGAGGUGGGAUUUCGUACUACUCCAAUCUAUAUGGUUUCGCUUGCGAUAAUGUCCAGAGCUUCGAGCUCACUGAGACGAAGGUCGUUACUGCGAGUGGUGCCGUCGUCACAGCUAGUGCGGACUCUUAUCCCGACCUCUUCUGGGCUCUUCGAGGCGGAGGGAAUAAUUUUGGCAUCGUUACCAAGUUCAACCUCUAUACUAUUCCCAGCUCUGAAAUGCGAGGUGGAACCAGGGUCUUUGCCGAUGAUCAAUUCAGCAAAGUUAUCAGCGCCUUCGUCAGCGUCGUCAACGGCGCCUCCAAUGAUGGUAACGCGCAGCACUGGGUCGCGUUCGUGCAUACUCAGGGAGUGAACAUCGCUGCCGCCGAGAUCACAUAUGUCAAGAACGUGAGCGAACCGGCCAUCUUCGCUCCCUACCGCGCUAUCCCCGCAAUUCAGGAUACGACGGCGGCCAGAACCUUGGUGGAGUAUUGUGACACCGUUCAGGAGGUCAAUCCCGACGGACUGCGGGAGAUGUACUGGACAAUAACUGUCCGCUUGGACGAGGCCUUUAUCAACUGGGUUACCGAGUACUUCUACUCUGUUCUUCCGCAGGUUUUGGGCAUUCCGGGUAUCAACCCAUCCCUCGUCAACCAGGGUAUUACUAUUCCCAUGCUCAAGAACAUGAGGCGCAACGGAGGUAAUGCACUGGGUUUGGACGCCUCAGAGGGACCACUUCACCUACUGCUAAUGUCGAUCUGGUGGGACAAUGCGGACGACGACGAAACGGUAGUUACGUGGGCUAAGAAGUUCUGGGAUACUGUCACCGCCAAAGCGAAGAACGAGGGCGUGUUUCAUAACUAUGUCUACAUGAACUACGCGAGUCAGUAUCAGGAUGUCAUUGCGGGUUAUGGGCCUGCCAAUAAGGCCAAACUGCAGAGAAUUGCUGCCAAGUACGAUCCCAAGGGGGUCUAUCAGACGCUGCAGCCUGGGUAUUUCAAGCUGGGUGGCGCACCUGCCUCUGCUUCACUUUAA